CACACUUUCCUGCCCGCUACACACCCGGUCACACUUGAACUGCGGGCAAGUGGUUUUUUCGCGAUAAAAUUAGGGAAUCUUGAGUUCAUCCAAUGAUAAGCAUUUUGAUUAUUGCCAGCGAAGCAGUCUACUCCAUAAACCAAAUACAGCUGGAUAUAAAAUAUAGAAUCGAAAUGCCCCGGUAAUCGUCUGACGAUAACCCUUUGAUUCCGACUUUCGCUUUGCAGUCGUGGUGUUUUGUUAUUGGGGCAGAAAAACAUAUUCCAAACGAGAUUAUAAAUAGUCACGAUGUGUGUUGACGUCGAAAGGAUGCAAGUGCAAGUGCAGGAGGCACAUAUCGAGUGAGUCUGAAUGCUCUCCAGAACCGAUACGCCCCGAUCUCGUAGAAAUCAAGAAAAUAGGUCGACAUUUCGGGCAGAAUUGGCUGUAUCAAUUAGGCUGGAUUCGCUGUUUUAAAAAAGCUAAAUCAAGCGGACCACGGGCUCAAAGCGGAGUCAACAAAGACGCUGCGAAGAGAAACGUCGGAAUUGGUUUCAACAGCACACGUUCAAAGUGAAGGUCAACGUCACACUGACUCGAGCGGCAAGUCUGGCGGCCGAAACCAAAAGGCAAAGCGAUCCGCGAUUACCACCAUCGGUAGUCUUUAGAUAGCCAGCAACAUGUUAACCGACUCCAUCUCAUCCUUUGCUCCUUGCCAGCGGCUAGUGCUUACCUUCGUGCUGGCCAUGUGCAUCCUGGUGGCAUGCGUCCUCAGCACUGAAACCACCAUGCCCACGCAAAACAUGUCCAACAAGGAGCGAGCUGAGCUCAGGGAGGAGGCACGCGAAAUGUUUUAUCAUGCAUAUCAUGCCUACAUGGAGAACGCUUAUCCAGCUGACGAGCUAAUGCCGCUCUCCUGUAAGGGACGUUAUCGCGGAGUCACGCCUUCUCGUGGCGAUAUGGACGACAUCCUUGGAAAUUUCUCCAUGACACUGGUAGACACUUUGGACACCCUGGUGUUGCUGGGAGAUUUCACUGAGUUUGAACACGCAGUAAAACUAGUUAUUCGCGACGUUCAAUUUGACAGUGACAUAAUUGUGUCAGUGUUCGAGACCAAUAUUCGAAUGGUCGGCGGUCUGCUGUCAGCUCACAUCUUGGCAGAGUAUCUGCAGAAGCAUGCAGACACGAUGCACUGGUACAAGGGGGAACUGCUGGAGAUGUCCCGUGAGCUGGGCUACAGACUGCUGCCAGCUUUUAACACAUCCACUGGAAUUCCGCAUGCACGGGUUAAUCUUCGUCUGGGCAUGAAGGAUCCACAGCUUAAGAAAUCCCGUGAGACUUGCACCGCAUGUGCGGGCACCAUUUUGCUAGAAUUUGCCGCCCUGUCGAGGCUUACUGGCGAUCCCAUCUUUGAGGUACGAGCCCAUGCAGCCAUGGACGCUCUAUGGAAACUAAGACAUCGUGGUUCUGAUCUUAUGGGCACAGUGCUGAACGUCCAUUCCGGCGACUGGGUACGUCGAGAUUCCGGCGUGGGGGCGGGCAUCGACAGUUAUUACGAGUACCUGUUCAAGUCUUACGUCCUACUGGGCGACGACAAGUACCUGGCCCGCUUCAAUCGCCACUACAACGCCGUAAUGAAGUACGUCAGCGAAGGGCCAAUGUUGCUGGACGUGCUAAUGCACAGACCACACGCCAAAUCCAAGAACUUUAUGGACUCCCUGCUGGCAUUCUGGCCGGGUCUUCAGGUGCUUUCCGGUGACCUCAAACCAGCCGUACAAACACACGAAAUGCUCUACCAAGUAAUGCAGAUGCAUACCUUCAUUCCAGAAGCUUUUACAGUAGACUUCCAAAUACAUUGGGGACAACAUCCCCUUCGACCAGAAUUCAUCGAGUCCACAUACUUCCUGUACCGCGCCACUGGUGACCAUCACUAUUUGCAGGUUGGCAAACGUGCUCUGAAAACGCUACAGCAGCACGCUAAGGUCUCCUGUGGCUAUGCGGCCGUCAAUGAUGUACGGACUGGCAAGCACGAGGAUCGGAUGGACUCGUUUGUGCUCUCCGAGACAAUAAAAUACCUCUUCCUAUUGUUCUCCGAUCCCCAGGAUCUGAUAAUAAAUGUCGACGAGUUUGUCUUUACGACGGAAGCUCAUCUGCUGCCCUUGUCCAUUGCCCAGCUAGGGAAUGCCACGUUUAGCUUUCGUCAGUCGGACGAACACAACGUACUCGACUUCAUGCGCACCUGCCCCAGCUCAAAUAAGCUUUUUCCUGAAAAGGUACGCAAACCACUGCGCAACUUCAUUACGGGCUCGUGCCCGCGCGCCACCGCAGGAAAGCGACUCAGCGCCCUGGAUUUUCAGGCAAGCAAUGCAGAUCAUCUGCGAGCUGUUUAUGACAUGGGCAUUACCAUGGUUUCGGUAGGCGACCGCAGCCAAGGCAAGGUGCGACUGUUUCAUAGUUUCUAUAAUGCCAAAAGCCACGAAGAGGGCGAAAUGGGACUACAGUUUAUGCAGGAGAUGCUAGAGCUGACUAAAAUGCAAAGCAUAAAUCAGCUGGCGCAACUGCAGGCCGUAGCCUACGCCACCGAUGAGAAGGCUCAGGACUGGAUCGCCCUGAUGGCCGGGCCAUCGCAUUUCAGCCCGGAGUUAAUUGGAGAUCAGUUCGUCCAAGGUGAUGUAUUACUGGCCAACCCGCUUCGGGCCUGCGAUGAGAGCCUGGAAAAUGCCGAAGAAGCGAGGGGAAAGGUACUGGUGGCUGAGCGCGGUGAUUGCACGUUCGUGAGCAAAGCGCGACUGGCCCAGAAGGUGGGGGCGGCAGCGCUGAUUGUCUGUGAUAAUGUGCCGGGCUCUUCCGGCGAGACGCAGCCGAUGUUCGCAAUGUCCGGCGACGGCAAAGACGAUGUGCUCAUUCCAGUUGUCUUCAUGUACAGCGUGGAAUUCGGAAAGCUGUCGGCGGUGAUGGAGCGAAGAAAGCUUCCUCUUCGCGUUCGCGUCAUGCAGAUGGUGGAGUUUAAACGUUGGCAACUGGCCAAGGCGCAACGACAAAAUCAAACCGCUGCAGUAACACAGAAGCCAGAUAAAGAGUUGUAGUGGACUGCUGCUGCUUCAGCGCCCUCAGCGUUAACUAUUAUUUUUGGGCUACUUACCGCUCUAAAAUGGUUCUCGCCAAAAUAGAGAUAUAUAUAUAUUCGUAACUUGUACAGUAAGCGAUCGUAACUAAUUUUGAAAUUCUUGUACUUUACUAGACAUGUAAGAACGAUUCGAUGGCGCGAGUUUUUAAGCUCCUCAGUUAACGAAUCUUUGCAUUUCGUGGUAGGUUCUCAGGCAGGCAAUUGGCUUCCUAGUGGCUAUAUGAUUACCGAAUAGGAACGGAUAUCCACAUUCGCGUUCAUUCUGAUUGUAUAUUUGGUCCACCUCACAAUUUUUUAGAUGGAUUUUACUUCUUCGUGUAAGACAUGUGUACAUAAAAAAAUUAGAACUUAGUAACAAAUGAAAAAUAAUUAAUGUUUAAUUUUAAGAAAAAUUAGUGAAUAAUGUAGAAAGUCGGGAAUUAUCGACAAACGAUAGUUGAAAUUGUUUAGUUCUUAUACAAAAAAAAAUAGUCUUAAAUAUAUGACAGAUGAUGAAAAAACCAAAA